GACGGGAUGUAAAAAAUAAAGAAACGAGCAAAUAAGGUACCUCAACCUCUAUCAUAGGUUAAAUCCAUCCGCCAAUACACUGUAAAAAGGCGGGGUUUUGAGCUACACGUAUAGGAACUUGUUGCCAGGAAUACAUAUCUAAGAAGACUGUAACUUUCAUCCAGUCUAGUGAUGGCUUACAGAUUAUUCAGACGGCCGGUUUCGAGGACUAGUGUAAUUGUUUCCCUGGAAGUAUUAUUUUUUUUAUCUAUUAUCACCAUCGUUUCUUUGUACGUCGAUAAAUAUAGAAGUGACAUUGACAAAAAUGUCGCUUUCGUUCGAGGAAUCCCAAAUCUAUCUUAUCAUUUACUUGAUCCCAUAACACCAGUUUCUGAGGAAUUACUUCAAUUUGAGGAGGAAGAAAGAACAAAAGAUGUUUGGAAAUUAAAGCCCAUCAGCAAUAUCUCAUCUUUUAAAAUAAGAAAUAAAUCAACACAUUUCUGUCCAGCUGUUUCACCACUGUUAGUCGGGUGGCUUGACAUCAGUUCUUUUGCUGAUCCCACUAAAAAGGAAGAAAACGAAAACAUUCUGAACACAAAAAUGGCGGAAAGUGGUCUGAAUAUUGGUGGCCGAUACCAACCGAGUGAGUGUCAAUCACGAAACAAAGUUGCCAUCAUCGUGCCAUACAGAAACAGAAAAAAUCACUUACGUAUAUUUUUGCGCUACAUGCACCCGUUCCUGCAAAGGCAACAGCUAGAAUAUAUUGUCGUCGUUGUCGAACAAUCAGAGGGAUCACCAUUCAACCGUGGAUUGCUUAUGAAUAUUGGCUUUAAAGAGACUCAGCUGAGAGAGAAAUUUCAAUGUUUUAUCUUCCAUGACGUUGAUCUUCUUCCUGAAGAUGAUAGGAAUCUUUACACCUGUCCCGAAGAAGGAAAUCCACGUCAGAUGGCCUUCUCCAUAGAUAUAUACGAUUAUAAGCCUACGAUUGAAAAUCAUUUUGGAGGUGUAAACGCAUUUUAUUCUGGCGACUUCCAACGAAUCAAUGGUUUUUCAAAUAGUUAUUGGGGCUGGGGAAGUGAAGACGACGAUUUGUAUCAUCGCGUACUUCACCACAACCUAAGUGUGACAAGGAUGUUCGACGACAAGUCCAUGUUCAACAAUGUUGCUCGCUACAAAAUGCUCGACCAUGACUGGGUCAAUCCAAAUCCGAUGAGGGAAUCAUUAUUUGGAAAUAGAACUUCCAGAUUUCAAUAUGACGGACUAAACAAUCUUAAUUAUCAACACAUUAAAGUGACUUCCAAGCCUUUUUACACACAUAUAUUUGUUGAAAUUCAACCAAAGAUGUGGCAAAUUAAAAAUAUGUGAGAGUUUAAGCAUUUUCUGUUUUCCCUUAUUAAUUUUUUUAUGGAUUUGGGAGAGUGGGGCUAGUUAUCAUUUAGGAAAGUUGGUACAACUUUUUUCUCGAUGGGCUGUAAUAAAUUUAUAGGGCAAAAAGGAUAAUUAACAAUUUAAAUCUUACUCUAAAAAAAUCAGUCCUUAAUUCAAAAUUAUUUAGGAAUAAAAAUAAAAGAUUUUGUUGCGCCUUAAAAGUGUGUGUUUUAUUUUGUUAUUU